CGAGUGUUUGAACAAAUGUAGGCGGUCUAGCUUACUGCUUGAGUUAAAGCAUAUCUUUAUCUCGCUGUCAGUGACCCUUACGUAUUCUGAUACUGCAGACCAGUGCGCGGAAGAAGAUAAUCGGGCGAAUAUCGGUCAGAAGAUAAUCGGGCGAAUAUCGAUAAAAAACAAGAUCGAAGACGGAACAUGUUGGGAAUGUACCGAAUGCCAUGGCUUCCUGUUUUGAUGAUCGGAGUACAUCUUGUUACGGCCUCAACUUUUUAUCCAAGUUCUUGGAAUUGUUCGACUGAGCCCAAAGUUUCUUGUGUAGCUUACGACAUCCUUGAUGACUCAAAGCUACCCGAGUCUGAUUACUUCUGCCUGGACAAUUUUCCGCUCAAGUACAAGCAAGUCCACUCGGAGCAUGGAACCUUAGUCAGCUGGACUUUCAAAUUUAACGAUACAACGAUCGACGGCUUUUGCGUUGAGAAUUCAAAGCUUUGGAGGGUACUUCUGUUACAGGAAUUAGAACGCAACAGCUUUCCAUUUGCGUUGAACUUGACGACAUGGAUUGAAGAUAGCAUCACUGAAGACGAUGAUGUAUAUAUAUACCCACUAAUGACGGAAUCCAAAAACUGGAAUCACGUGACUAAGGAUACUAAUUUCUUCGUAUGCCAGAUUUCUUCGCGAGUUUUGAAGAUUGGCUUUACUUCCGCUAAGGCAGGUCCAAAUACUCACGUGGUCGAAUGUCUCGCGGACAAUUGUGACAGCCAAGAACCAGCCGUUGAUAUCGUCCGGAUUCAAUCGACUGAAGUGACAUUUUCCAAUUUGACGUCCGGUAAUUACUGUUUUAUGGUUACUCCUCAAGAUCCGUCCCCUCUUGACCCCACCCGCUGUUUGUGUUACUAUGGUAGCAUCAACCUCCGUCAGUGCUACGCUUGUGGUAGAAGUAGCACAACAUACACCAUGAAGGACCUUGAAGAAGCAGUUACCGAAAAUGUUUUACAUUCCGAGGCGGUGUCAGCGCCUUCCAAGACUGUGUCAGCACAUUCCGAGACGGUGUCAGCGCCUUCCAAGACGGUGUCAGCUCAUUCCGAGACGGUGUCAGCACAUUCCGAGACGGUGUCAGCGCCUUCCAAGACGGUGUCAGCUCAUUCCGAGACGGUGUCAGCACAUUCCGAGACGGUGUCAGCGCCUUCCAAGACGGUGUCAGCUCAUUCCGAGACGGUGUCAGCACAUUCCGAGACGGUGUCAGCGCCUUCCAAGACGGUGUCAGCUCAUUCCGAGACGGUGUCAGCACAUUCCGAGACGGUGUCAGCGCCUUCCAAUACGGUGUCAGCUCAUUCCGAGACGGUGUCAGCGCAUUCCGUUCUUUUGAAGACACGUACUGACAGUAACGAGUUUCCUCUCGUCGCCUUACUGGGAACACUGAGCGUAUGUCUAGUCGUUAUAGGACUUAUCCUGGUUGUGAAUGUGCGCCAACACAUUCGGAAAUUUCUGCUGAAGUCGAAGUUGUGUAGAAGAAAAAUCCUGAUACUGGCCGUAUAUGAUAGCAAUAAUCACAGGCAGUCGGUGGAAUGCUUCAGUCACUGUCUGAAGACGUAUUGUAGAUGCAACGUUGAUAACAUUAGCAUCGAUGUCCUUGGCAAAGAAACAAGAAGUUUCCAAAACGUCGGACAGAUUUUGUCAACCUUUGAUGUUGUGAUUGUUUUUCUUUCUCAGAGACUUCUGUCGUUAUUUGAAGAAAUAGAAUGUAGCUAUAAGGAAAGCAGAACAUUAAUGACUCCAAGAACUGAUUUGGUAGAGGCAUUGCUAGAACUACUUCAACCUUCAUCCCAAACAGUGUGCAAAAUAGUAACCUUACACUUCAGCAGUUCGUCGAAAACUCACUCUAUAAUAAACCAUUUGUCAGCGCCUGACUUUCAUUUGUUUGCCGAAUUUGAAAGCCUACUAUUAAAAAUUCAUUCUGCAGAUCAUACCAUGUCAGAGGUUUCAAAACAAUGUUCAGAAAUGAUGAUGCAACUGCAUGAUACAGACAAAUUCAACGAACUCAAAGAUCUUGUAAGUUCUGUGAAACAGGCAGAAAUGUCGACAGAAAGGGGUAAAACCUCAAAACAAAGAUUGCAGAGUUUGAAUGUAGACUCUGGUAAAGGUUCCUCGCUGUCUCGUAUAAGCAUAGGUGUAAAUACGCAACUGUACGAGAACAUAUAUAGGUUCGAUGAAAACAUUGAUGAACUUAGUAAUUGUUCUGUAUGGUCAGAUUCUGGGAGGAAACAUCAUGACCAGAAAAGUCUUCCAAACUAUAACGUGUGUCUUAACAGUGUCCACGCCAAAUGCGAAUGUGACGUGAGUAGUCUGACGACUAUUGGUGAGUUUAGCGUUUGAUUUAAAACUGAAACUGCUGAGACAAUUCAUUUUUUCAGACAAUUGGGAUUACGUAGGGUACAAUUUCGUUAACCUUUCCACUACAUCAACUUACAAAGGUCAACAUCGUCGUUGAUCACAAGGAACGAUACAAUUCCCGUCGCAAGCGAACAAGGUUAACUGCCUCUCCAACGAAAUAGAACAGAUGGACCUGCACCAAGUCGCCAUGCAAUAUGCAUGCCCGUUGAUUGGAAAAGAGCAUUACUCUUCGUCAAAAGGAAACGAUCGUCUCGUCGUCACCUGCCCUCCCAAAUGCAAGGAAAUAAAUUGCUCCCAGUUGAAAAUGUAACAUUCAUUCUCUUCAAAAAGGAAUCCUGUUCUGAUAGCAAAGCACCAUCUCCUGUAUGUUCAAUGGGAAUAACACCCUCUACAAUGCAAGGGCACAAGCUCGCCGGCAUCGCAAAAAGGAAUUGCCCCGGCCUGCAAAAAUACCGCUCAGCUUCAGGAAGCAACCCUUUCCUGUCGCAAGAGUUAAAGUUGUUAUCCUACACACUGUAUGUUUGAAUUUCAUGCUGUUGGUAUUUUCUUCCCCAUGUAAUAUGAUUUUGUGGAUGCUAUUAUUUUAUUCUAAAAGGGACUUAAAUGAACUCUUGAAAUCAUCAAUGAUCACUUUGAAAUCUUUGCCUAUUCAUGUUGUGUAUGAAUUGGGGAAAAAAGUCUAAGUGAUUCAAGUUUUAUUCUCUGUAAUUUCUAAUUUAUGCAAUAAAUCUUAUCUUUAUGAGGAAAAAAUGAAAAGCUUACACAUAUUAACGCCCUGUUUCUGUUCAAAUUAAAAUACAUUUAAAACAACAUAAAGUGACAUUAAGUGUGGGAUCCAUGUUAUAUUGUUGGAGAUACAGUCACCAAGAAAACCUUUAAAUUGUGUAAAGUCAUUUGGCAGAUCUUUUAGAUAUUGUUGAAUUACACAUAAUUACUGUAUACUGGGAAAUAUUUUGCCCAAUGCUAGUAAAAUCCAUUUUCGUGCAGCAUUAAUUUUUAGCUCACCUAGCCCGAAGGGCAAUUUGGGCGUAUGCGUACUGCGGCGUUCGUCUUCCAUCCGUCAAUUUGUUCUUUUGGAUGACUUCUUCUGAAGAACUGGAGGACCUAGCGUCACGACAUUUGACCAGUAGGUAGAUGGGAUGGGGGUGCUAUA